CUUUCAGUGAUAGACAGCACUAUAUAUAAUAUGAAAUGAAAAUAUAUUUGUUGAUGACUUUGUGCAUUGAAUCUCGAGAAUGGAACCACCGACAUGGUAUGUCACAGCUUCAGUAACUUUAGUGGGAAUGUAUAUUACUGCUGUUCUGUUUAGAUCGCUUCGUACGAGGAGAUGUAACUCGACUGUGUUACUGCAUGGCAAAACAUGUAUCGUGACUGGUGCAAAUACCGGCAUAGGACUUCAGACCGCAUUAGAGUUAGCUAAACGCCACGCACGUGUAAUAAUGGCAUGUCGAGAUCAAAAUAAAGCAAGAAAAGCUAUUGAAUACGUAAAAUCAAGAACAGAAAAUGGAAGUUUGGUAUUCAGACCUUUGGAUCUUGCAUCUCAUGCUUCGGUAAAAGAAUUUUGUAGUGGCAUUUUAGAAGAAGCGCAUUCUUUAAAUGUCUUGAUAAAUAAUGCUGGUGUAAUGGGACAUCCUUACCAGGUUUCCGAGGAUGGGAUAGAAAUGCACAUGGCAGUAAAUCACUUUUCAGUAUUUUUAUUGACAAAUCUGUUGCUUCCAAAGUUGAAGGAGAAUUCUCCAAGUAGAAUAGUUUUUGUAUCAUCAGCUUUACAUAAAAGAGGAGAAAUUGACUUUGAAAACUUGAAAGGGAAGCAGACAAAAGGGUAUGCCAAUAGCAAAUUAGCAAAUGUAUAUUUUGCUAGGGAGUUACAUGAUCGUUUGUCAGGCUCCAAAGUAGAUGUGUUCACAGUUCACCCUGGUAUGGUAGAUACUGAACUAGCUAGGCAUUCAGUGUCAAAAUGGCUUUGGAAGCUACUUUAUCCUUUAAAAUUGCUCUUAAUCAAAACAGCCAGUCAGGGGUGCCAAACAGUUGUACACUGUGCAAUUUCUGAGGAAUUGGAAGGGAAAUCAGGUGGCUAUUUUGGCAGCUGUGUACAGGAACCAUGGCCUGAUGUUUCAUCAUGCAAAGAAACUCAACUUAAAAUAUGGAAAAAUAGCAAAGAAAUAACUGGACUUUAAAAUUGAACAAGAACUUGUUAUAAUUUCAAAUAAAAGUCUUGUUCUCAAUAUAGUGCAUGAAUGAAAUAUUUGCUGCUGGACAUCAAACAAGCAACAAAUAGAACAAGCAAUCAAUAAGAAGUUUUAUUUUUUUGUGUGAAAACUGGUCACUUUGAUCUACCUAAAUAAGAAUACUUUACAUACAAUGACAUAUUUUAAUAGAUUGAUUAUUUAAUGUGUUUAAAGUCUUUAUAAUUGCAUCUGACAGUUUGUAUGUUAAUUUUGUUAUGAUUUCUAUGUUUACGCUGAACUGAAAAACUGUAUCUGACAUUGAAAUUUUCACAAUAUUUGUACAAAAAUUAUAAUGAAAACAUUUUGGACAUUUGAAACAACAAAAUGGUUAAAGUUAUCUUGAUUUUGGCACAACUGUCAAAAUAAUUAAGAAAAAGUUGAUGCAUACCACAAUAUCACAGAUAAAAAACCUAAGUCAUUUGGUGUACUUUUGCCAACAUGGCCAAUGGCAAUGUAUUGAAUAAUGUAUUGUUUUUAAUCUGAUUUUCUAUCAUUAUUUUACUAAGUUAUUAAAUGUUUUGAAAUACA